AGUCACCGUUCUUAGAAGUGUAUUGCAGUAUUAUAGAAACUUGUUUAAGUCCAUUUCAAGCACUCAAACUAAAAUACAGCCGUGUUUGUUUCGGCAUAUUUAGUAAAGAGCUAAAAUCGAGUGGCUGUAGAAACCAAAUUAGAAAGCUCAAGAAACGGAAUUCAGCGUUAAUCGUAUAGAAUAUAACCUUAAUAUAAUCGAUAUCACUUAGGAUAGUGCGUUGUAAGGUGCUUUCUAUUUUAAGGAACUCCAAGUAUGAUGUCGCUUGUCCAUCAACCUACGUAUAUCCAUCUAUAGGGCACCACUGACAUGCUGCAGUAUGGAAUUUUAAUAACAAGUAAGGACUAAGUAAAAACGAUUGGAAGACGUUCUAUCGUGUUGAAAAUGCACGCUAGGUCAGUAAACCGUUUCAAGAAACCUCGGCUGGAUGAUGAUGACGAUGUCGAUAUUAAUGAGCAGCAGUCUGCGGCGGAAGCACCGAAGGUUGUGUUUAAUGCUUUAUCUGUUUACCCAUUGAAAACUCAACGUGAACGCCUGCCCGUGUUCCAAUGUCGACGGGAAAUACUCUACCUGAUCGAGAAUUGCCAGGUUCUAGUUCUCACUGGGGAGACCGGUAGUGGGAAAAGUACGCAGGUUCCACAGUAUCUGCAUGAGGCAGGUUGGUCGUCUACUGGUUUAAUUGCGGUAUCUCAGCCCCGUCGAAUGGCUUGUGUCAACCUCGCUAAACGUGUGGCCGAAGAAAUGGGUCAACUCCUAGGUCAAGUUGCUGGGUACACGGUGCGUUUCGAUAACUGCAUCUCGAAGCAAACGAAGAUCAAGUACUUAACUGAAGGAAUUCUCAUAAAUGAAAUUCAAGGUGAUCCACUGCUAACCAAAUAUUCUGUAUUGAUGCUGGACGAAGCUCAUGAAAUGUCUCUAUUAAUGGACAUCUGCCUUGGGCUGCUAAAGAAGAUCCUCAGACGACGACGAGACCUCAAAUUAAUCGUCUCGUCAGCCACUCUCGAUGCUGACAAAUUUAAGAAAUAUUUCACUACACAAUAUAUCAAAGCCGAGAUUCUGAACGUCCAGGGCCGUACACAUCCUGUUACUGUCCAUUACGUGACGGAUCCCGUAGCCGAUUACGUGAAAGCGUCUGCUGAAACUGUCCAAAAGAUACACGAAACUCAACCUGCCGGUCAUGUACUAGUAUUUCUAACUGGAGAAAAGGAGGUCGAUGAAUGCUGUUCGCUGAUAAAAGAGUACGCGUUGAGUCAAAGACAUAAUAAGCUCUUCGUUCUUCCUUUGUAUGGGGCUCUACCAGCUAAAGACCAGAUGAAAGUAUUUGAGCCGGCGUCGCCCCACGUGAGGAAAGUUAUUGUGGCGACAAAUAUCGCCGAAACUUCGGUUACGAUUAAUGGUAUCGUUUAUGUGAUUGACUGCGGUUUUGUCAAAAUUAAGUGUUACAAUCCGAUAGCGGGUAUAGACACGCUUCUUGUGGCACCAACAUCAAAAAGUUCAGCUUUACAGCGAACUGGUAGGGCAGGACGAAUAGCUCCAGGCAAAUCGUAUAGGCUCUAUACUCAGGAAUCAUACUUAGGUCUCAGAGAAUUCAGUAUUCCUGAGAUGCAGCGAAGCAAUCUCACAUGGACCGUUUUGUUACUGAAAUCACUUGGCGUUGAUAACAUUGUUAGGUUCGAUUAUAUGUCGCCACCUCCUAGCAAAAUUCUAGUUAAUGCGAUGGAAAUCCUUCAUGCGCACGGGGCCAUCGACCAUGAGGGUAAAAUGACUGAGCUAGGGGCAAAAAUCAUCCAGUUCAACUGUGAUGUAUUACAGGCAAAGAUUCUAUUGAAGUCAAUUGAAUUUGGUUGUUCUUCGGAAAUGUUAACGAUCGUUGCCAUGAUGCAAGUUGAUAAUAUAUUUGUUGUGCCCCAUCAGAAGGAACGAAACAUGAGGAAAGCUAAAUACCAAUUUUUCGUCGAGGAAGGAGACCUCCUUUCACUUCUGAACAUUUACACUAGUUUCGUUGAGAAACAGAAAAAUAAACAAUGGUGCCACGAUAUGUUUCUAAAUUAUAAGAGCCUAUGUAAAGUGUCCGAGAUUCGUAAUCGUUUUAAGGCUAUCUUAAUAAAAACCUCCAGUAAAGAGAUUCUAUCAAGUUGUAGUAAUCCGGUGGAGCUGUGCCAAUGUAUCGCAUCAGGAUUUUUUACUAACGCUGCAUACUGGCACGCUACCAGCGGUCAAUAUCGUUCACUGUGCGGAAAUCACCCUCUGGAUGUGCAUCCCGACUCGGCUUUCUUCAGCCAGCGACCCCCGAAGUGUGUUGUCUUUGGAGACGUCGUAGCUACUCACAAAUUGUUCAUGAAGCAUAUUACGGCUGUCAACGAAAGUUGGCUCACAGAAAUCGCACCCAACUUUUUCCGAAUGGGGACUUCUGUAUGUGAGAACUGAUUGUAUGAACAGCGGAAUACUUUCUGAGUUUCUCCAAUUUUUUCCACAACUAGCUAGCUAGCUAGCUAGCUCUAUCGCCUUAUAGGCUUAAAUUCAAGAUGUAUAAUACAGCUAAAUAAUUUUGUAAAUAUUUUGUAUACAUUUAAAAUGGAACGACAAUAAAUACA